UCUGAAUGAUUUUUUUGGAAUUUAUUUGGGAUUGAGCAGAUGUGGCUUUAACCUCGUCUUGAGAAAUGCUAAGAGAACGGCGAUAGAGCUUUGCCCCGCGUCCACACCGGCACAAUGGACGCCCUAUUCUCUAUACCAGUCCUGUCUUUAUUUCUUCUUCCCACGCUUUCAUCCUAUACUACGAGUCUCAAUUUGGUAUUUUUCUACAUGACAUGGACCACCCUCGUUCUAUCUCAUCCACCUCUUCGGGUUGAAUUAUUUGGAACGUUGGCUGUGCGAGUGCUUUUUUUUGUCCUACCGUCGCUGUUAUUUUUCCUCUUCGAUAUCCUGACACCUUCAGCAGCUGUGGUGUUAAAAGCCCAGGGCGAAGCUGGCCUCCCGGGAGGAAGCAAGCGAGGAAAGAUCCGAUGGAAAGAGAUCAAAGUUGCAGGAUGGGCGCUCAUUAAUUUGGCGAUGGGAAUUGCAAUACAAGUCGCCAUCGAACAAGUCCGGACUGAAGUAUUCGGAACGAAAAGUGCCCUGAAGGUCUCAAUGAAGCUACCCAUGCCAUGGGAGAUUGUGAAGGAUUUGUUGCGCGGGACACUGGGAAGGGAGGUUUUGGCAUACAUAAUCCACCGUUACUGCCUUCAUUCUCAAGGGUACUCUGUCGCAAAGCAUCACCAAAGCUGGUAUCAUUCGUUGCAGGCACCCUUUCCUCUCACAGCGCACUACGACCACCCAAUGGCGUACUUGCUGCUCAAUUUCAUCCCAACAUUUGCCCCUGCCAUGCUGUUCCGCUUCCAUAUGCUCACAUACCUUCUUUACCUGACGAUAAUCUCUAUCGAAGAAACGUUCGCCUUCUCUGGUUACACCAUAAUGCCCACCAGCUUCUUUCUGGGAGGCAUUGCCCGCCGUACGGAAAUACACCUCUCUAGCGGUGCAGAAGGGAAUUUCGGGCCAUGGGGCAUUGUGGAUUGGAUUUUCAACAGUGCUGUGGGCGAUAAUAUCGUGGAUGAUGCAGAGGCAGAGAUUGAGGAACAAGAAAUUGACGAGGAAGUGAAAAGAGUGAUCGAGGCGUCUAAGAGGAGGAUCAGAGAGGAGGAACGGAAGGGAAGAAAGCGGAGGCGAAGGAGGAGGGACGAGGAUUUCUACUAGGUGAAUGUGCGCAUAUGGACUGAAUCUAUAUCUUCUGUAAAAUGGUUGAAUGUAAGAUAGUUGACUUUGGGGCGUUGUCUUGUGUGUUACGACAAUCAAUGGUUUUGGAAUAAGACUACGUACUUGUAUCAGAUCCGGAGGUAUAGAUCCGUCCCAUGGGGGUGGGGGGAUGAUAAUGAUAGAUGGGAUGGUUUUGGAGAAAUAAUAUGGGGCUAUCCAAGUGCAUAUGGUAAUCGAAGAUAUGAACUUCGUGGCCACGAUAAGACGUACGAUGGCCCAUCUACAUGUAGAAUA